GAUCAGCGAGCAUGGCGGAGUACAGAGCUCGUACCGAUGUUCUCGAGGAUGCUACGUCGGCUAGGUGGUCCUCGCCGGUCCAACAUCGUUCUUGCUUGUGGCCCUGGUCAGCUUUCCCUCCUUCAUCGACGUAGCCCUCUUGCUCCCUGCACAACACUUCACUCUGCCUAUCAGUAGCCUCCAGUUGUCAGACUCAUUCCUUGUGCUGAGCAGAUGUUAUGCCUGUCUACACACACGAUACUGCCAUCUGAUCACAUUCGAAGCAUUGCUCCACAAGAGCACUUCGAUACCUACCUGCCUAAAUACCAGCAAUCCCCUUACGACUGCGACCUCCGGUCGGCCUUCCUUGCACAGAUGGAUCCCCAUCGGCCGCGCCAUGAUGCGCCUUGGAUGGCAGAGACGCCGGCAAGCGCAUCUGCGUCGUCUUCUACGCCUGCUUCUUCGUCUGAUCCCUCGUCGCUCGCCCCUUCGCCGAGUGCACACUACCUGCCUCAGGUCUCGCCGUAUCCCCCGAGAUACCAACAACAGUUGAUGCAUGAGGGCUCCUCCCACCUUGGAGGUCCUCAAGCACCGGCGUCUCAAUCUUGGCAGGAGCAGUCGCAGUCAAUGCCCAGCGGACUUCCUUCAGUGCUGCAGCCGAGCAGACAGUCCGUCAUCACUCCCGUCAGUAACGACUGGCAGGACACGUACGCGGGAGCGCCACUCCUUCAACGCAUCGCAUCUCAACAAAGGCGAGGAGCAAUUGCAGUGGGAUCAGCACUACCGAUGCAAUCACCAUCGGCAAAGAUGCAGGAGACCAUUCAAGAUCCACAUCAACAGAGUAAGCCUGCCUUUGGGGGCGGAGGCGACGCUCUCUCUCCGGCAUUGCGUACAACUACUCGGCCCUCACUUGACUUCCCGCUUAGGUCACUCAACCCCAACUUUACAGAGGCCGGCUUCCAAUCCUCACAACUCGCGGAUCCGCCCUUGAGCUGCCCAAUUCACGUUCCCCACGCCCUGUUUUCUUCCCCAAUCGACAACGUUCUGGACGACUACUUUGGGCCGCAUGCUUACGCAGGCGAAUCCGCACGAGGGACUGCUCAAGAACAGGACCAGGGCGAUGAGCUGCUUUAUCUUCGUCUUGGCGAGCCGAACACAUAUCAGUCGCAGUUCGUGAGCGACGAUGGAGGUGAUCCAUACUAUCAACGGCUAGAGAUGCAGCAACAGCAGCAGCAGCAGCAACAACAACAGCAAGUACAACAACAACAACAACAGCAACAGCAGCAGCAACAGCUCCACCAGCAGUUUCAACAGCAGCAAAUGCAACAGCAGCAACAAUAUUUACAGCAGCAGCAGCAGCAGCAGCAGCAUCCUCAUAUGCAGCGCAAUGUUCCUCAACGACUCGGCUCGUCCUCUUCAUCCUCUGGUCAUUCAUGGACUCCUCCUACCCUUCCUAGCGUCCUGCUCCCCAGUCCCAGUGGGUCGUCCUCGCACUCGCAGACCAACCACUUCUUUGCUGGAGCCUUGCCCAUGACUGCGUCGCAAUCCGGGUUCGCUCUGCCCUCUCCCGUUUCGCCAUCGUAUCCCCCAGGGUCAUCUGGGUAUUACAACCAAGGGCAGGGUCCCCAGGCUCGAACCAAUCCCCAGACGUCCGACUCGAGGCGUCCCCAGCAGGAAGGGCGCACGAGGAUGCGAACUGUCAGUGGAGCAACGCAAGGUGGUCGCCAGCGAGGAGCCUCUCAAGGCUCACGCGGCCCGGGAGGGGUAUCUUCUGCUGAUGAGGCUAGCUCAUCUACUCGACCGGGGGCCGCGAUGCAGACCCUUUCACGUGUAUUGGCAUAUCAGGCCAGAGUAAGGGAGCAGCGCAAGGGCUUGCGCACUAUCCUUCAAGCUGUGUUGGCAACUUUUUCAGCCAACCACGCAGAGCCCUUUGCACACACAACUCUGGCAGAGCUGAUUCGCACUAAGCUAAUGGAGGAAGACCAGGAAGGUCAGAUGAACAGUGGCUCUUCCACGCCCUUGACUGCUGCAGCACAGUUGCCAGCCUCUCCUAGCUUGGCAAGGAUGUCUCCCUCCCUGUCCGCUCUGGGCUCUUCCCAAGCCCUCAACACAUCGUCAAAUCAGGCGAUGAUGUCGUUGGCGCAACAGCUGGAGCACACUCCGUUCAAUCUCUCCGACUCGUCAACAGCCUGGCCUUCCAAAGGAGCAGCCUAUAAGAAGCGUCUCCGCCUCAAGGAGCUAGGAGAUAUGGCUCGUCUUCAGCAACUGGCAAUUUACGGCCUCAACUUUACACCACAGGGAGCCACGCGUGGACAGCGACGGGGCAGUAUGAAUGCCCAGGCUGCUGCAGACCCGGAUCGACAGGCUUGGGAGGUACUCAGGGGCGUCUUCUUGCGCAAUCGUGGCCGGUGGGAACUACUACUAGCUGCUGAGCGACGUCUGGACGGUAGCACACAAGGGACGUCGACAGGCGCAGAGGACGGGGUUUUGAGGAGGUGGCUGAUGAGCAUCUGACUAUGAAGGCAGCCGUAGUUCGGGAGAUCAUUGAGAAGCGGACCCAGAUCAGUCAAUGGGGAGGCAGUCGAGACGGUCGAAAGGGACACAAGAAGAUAUUCAAGAAUAGGUCAGCAGCAGCAGCAGCAGCGGCCGCCAAUGCAGGCCGCCAACCCAAAAA